AUGAGCAAAUCUUCAACGACAUCAACGAACAAGUCGCUUCCAGCAAAGUCAGCUUGGUCAAAGGGCCCACCACAGACAUCAGCGCCAUCUCCCCGCUCUCAAUCUCCCGCCCCAUCCGCCCAAUCUCAGCCCCAUCUGACCCAUUCCCGACGUCCUAGUGCCCUUGGUCAAGCUAUCCCUAUCAAAGAUGGUGUCAGCGUCCCUCGUAACAACGUAGGAGCGGCGGCAGCCAAAACCGGUUCUGCAGUAACUUUUGGAUCUAUAGAUGACGCUUCGGCGCCAAUUUCUUCCUCGCCUGCUGCCGCGCCUCCUACACUCAAGGAGACAAUUGUAAAAUCGUUCGGGACCGUUCCAGCGGCUAGCAGUAAUGGUAAACCGACGCAGCCAUCUCGCCCAGCAGUAUCAACUGCAUCGGCAUCCACAACGGCUACAUCGUCCUCAUCCGCCACUCCAUCAUCAUCGGCACCUCCGGCGAAACUCGACAAAAAGGACAUCGCAAAGCUCUUCCAGAGUUCCUCAGCUCCUGCUCCUUCACCAUCGGAGACGCAAUCGCCUGCCCCACGAAAUGCCAACCUUCCAUCCCAAAAUCAGCCUCCUCCCACACCGACAUCAUCCUCUCAACCUUCACAAUUCAACCCUCACUAUCGGACAUUUGUUCCAGGUGGAUCGCAACCUCAGGGUUCCGGUCCCAACAGUGGACCAUCGCGAUCUCCAGUAUACCAGCGUCCAGUGCCUAAUGGCGCUGGUCCAAGACCACAAGCACCCCCCAACGGUGCGCCCUCGGCGGGCAUGUCCAGUCCCCGACUCGGACCUCCUCAUGCUCAACCUGGACCCCCGCCUGCAGCACCGCCGGUCCCAGGUCAACCUCACAUGCCUACUCAAAUGGUCUGGAACGGAGGCUACUACUAUCCUCCAGAGUAUGUACCCUAUGGUGCCUGGGGCUAUGUCCCACCAGGAAUGCCCCCUCAAUCCGCUCACCCCCACCCUCCUCCGCACAUGGGCCCUCCCCCGCAUAUGACUCCUCAUCCGAUAUCGCCACACAACCCUCCCCGCACACUUCAGCCUGGAACACCUACUAUGCCUCACGCCGCUCCUAAUCCUGUCCACCCGCCGCACCCUCCCCCACCUCUCUCACAGCCCCACAGCAGCAUCAACACCAUGAGCUCACCACCUCCCACGCCUUCUGGCGGGCGCCUGAACGUGAACUCGAACGCAUUCGUUCCUCAAACCUCCAAAAGAAUUACGCUCAAGAACUCGGAAGGAAAAGAGGUCGCCAUCGAAUCGCUGACCAAGCCCACUGCCACACCCACCACUACCGUAUCUUCUGGACAGGGAACACCUUAUCGGCAGAACAGCCCCGCCAGCACGCCUAAGCGCUCGAGCAUCCGGAUAGAGAGCGAGGAUCAGCGACGUAAGCGAUUGGCUGAAGAGGAGGAAGCACGAGAGAAGGAGAAGCGGCGAGCACAGGAAGAAGCGGAAGCCAAGGCCAAGGAGGAGGAGAGAAAGAAGAAGGAGGAAGAGGAGAAGGAGAAGGAACGUCUCCGGUUGGAGGAGGAGAAGAAGGAGGAGGAAAGGAAGAAGAAGGAAGAGGAGGAGAGAAAGAGGCGCGAGGAGGAGGAACGUAUUCAGAAAGAGAAAGAGGAGAAAGAGCGAGCUCAACGGGAGGAGGAAGAAAGGAAGAAGCGUGAGGAGGAGGAGCGCAUCAAGAAGGAGGAAGAGGAAAAGAAACGCGUGCGCCAGGAGGAAGAGCGCAAGAAGCGAGAGGAAGAGGAAGCUUCUCGCAAGGCCAAGGAGGAGGAGGAGCGCAAGAAGAAGGAGGAAGAGGAGGAGAAACGUCGACAAGCCGAGGCAGCGGAGAAGGAGAAGGCCGAGAAGGCAGCACGCGAGCAGCCAGAAGAAGGUGAAAUCCAGGAACCUGCACCACCGACUGUUCCCAAGGAGGACCCGAAGGAGAAGCUCAAGGAAGGCUUGAGGAUAAACACCGCGACCUCGAACGCCGCCGACUUGGGUAAACGACGCCCCGCCAAUCUCGACCUCUCCGCCACCAAGGGCGUUCCCGUUGCUUCCGCCCUCUCUACCGCUCGCAACCUCGAAUCGCUUGACAGCAUUAAAUACCCCGAAGGUAUUCAGAGCCCUAAACCAGAGCUCAACGAGAACGCCAAGCCGGGUCGCUUCAGGUAUGACCGGGACUUCCUGCUCCAGUUCAGAGAAGUUUGCAAAGACAGGCCUCCCAACCUUCCUCCUCUCGAUGCCAUUGGUUUGGAGCCUAUCGACCCAUCGGCCCUUCACAUUACUCGUGGCGGCUCUCAUCCUGGCCGUCACGGACGAGCAUCCUCAACUGUCCCUGUCCGUCAAGCCUCUGUCGGCUUGCCCUUCGGUGGGCCCGGUAUAGGCAAACCUGGAUUCGGUGGUAUGGGUAACUUCACCACCCCUGGACGACUCUCCAGCGAAGACCGGUUUGCCAUGUCCAACGCUGCCAAUCGAUCAGCCUCUGUUGGAGGACCUGGAAUGCCAUUCGGUCGACCUGCCGCGAUGCAGCGAACUGCCAGUCAAGGCGGCCAGAUCCGCGAAAGAACGAGGAGCAAGCGCGGAGAGAAACGAGCGCCCGCUGACGGUGGGAAGGACCGCAACGCGUCUGCUCAGCAACAGCUCAACUUGGAGCCCGUCGCCCCCCUGCAAAUGUCCGCCAACCGAUGGGAUCGCAGAGCCCUCGCCGCCGACAGUGAUUCUCCUGAGAUGGUGGAUCGCAAGGUUAAGGGUCUCCUCAACAAGCUUACCAUGGAAAAGUUCGAUUCCAUUUCUGACCAGAUCAUCGCCUGGGCCAACAAAUCCGAGAAGGAGAAGGAUGGCCGAACUCUCAUCCAGGUCAUUCGUCUGGUCUUUGAGAAGGCCACCGACGAGGCGACAUGGUCUGAAAUGUACGCCCGUCUCUGCCGCAAGAUGAUGGAGCAAAUCAGCCCCAAGGUUCAAGAUGACGGCAUCAAGAACGCGGAGGGCAGGCCCAUCGCCGGUGGUCAACUUUUCCGCAAGUAUCUCCUCAACCGCUGUCAGGAAGACUUUGAGCGCGGUUGGGUGAACAAGGAAGCCACCGCCGCCGCUGCCAAGGCCAAAGCUGCAGAUGAUGAAGCUAUCAAGGCAGCCAACGAUAGCAAGAAGGACAAAGAGGGCGAAGUUGAGCUGUACUCAGACGAAUACUAUGCGGCUCAGAAGGCGAAGAGACAAGGUCUUGGCCUUAUCAAAUUCAUCGGUGAGCUCUUCAAGUUGCAGAUGUUGACGGAGCGAAUUAUGCACGAGUGUGUGAAGAAGCUCCUUGGCAACGUCGACAACCCAGAAGAGGAGGAGAUCGAGAGUUUGUGUAAACUUUUGACGACCGUCGGUGCAUUGUUGGACACUCCUAAAGCCCACGCGCACAUGGACAUCUACUUCUCCCGGAUGAAGGAGCUCACGAAGAGCCCGAACGUCAGCCCUCGUAUGCAGUUCAUGUUGCAGGACGUUAUCGAAUUGCGAGAGCGUAAAUGGGUAGCUCGUAACGCUGUCGCUGCACCAACGACCCUCGCCCAGGUACACCAGAAUGCUGCCAAGGAGGCCGCUCAGGAGAAGGAGAGUAUGCAACGUGCCAUGACUAUGUCUCGCACCAGCUCCAACCGUGGACGAGGACGCGCUACCGACGAGCAACCGGAUGGUUGGGCUGUCGCAGGGUCAAGACCUGUAUCGACCAAGGCUGGCGACCUUUCCAACUUUGGCAAGAUCAGCAAAGCGCAACCCAUGACCUUCGGCCCCAGCAGCGUCUUCUCGAAGAAGGACAAGCGCGAAUCGCUGUCUCGUUCCAGCUCAAGUUCCAACAUGUUCUCGAUGCUGCAGAACGCUGAGGUCAAUCCUGAGCCCAAGCCCGAACCGCAACGCAAACGACUUGCACUCCUCCCACGGACACUCCCCAAACCCGACGAAGCCAACACCAACGCCAGUGGACGUGAUAGGUCGGAGAGUGGUAGCGAAGAGGAAGAAGAGGAGAAGGCAGCGCCGGAGAUGAGCGAGACCGAUGCGAAGAAUAAGAUUGACGAAGACUCGAAGGAGUUGUUCGGUGUCCGGAAUCUGGAUGAAGCCGAAGUUUACUUCACCGCCCUCCCAGCCAAAUACCAUCACAAACUUGUUGACAAGCUCGUCAGCAAGGCUGUGGAAUCCAAGAUGACAGAUGCGGAAUUGGUCGCGUCAUUAUUCGAACGUGCGUCGAAGAAGCAGCUUUGCUCUCCCAGCGCCUUCGAGGAAGGCUUUGCCCCGAUUGCGGAAUUCCUCGACGAUAUCGCUAUCGACGCUCCCCAUGCCUUCCAGAUCUACGUCAAGAUGGUCAAGGGCGCCAACCUCGACGCUGAAGCACACUCGCGGAUCGCUGCGAAGGAUCCCAGCGAGAAGCUCGGUCCACUUCUAUCAUAG